ACGUAUUCCGAAAUGAAGUUUUCUGUUUUAUUUAAAUCACAACCCAACCGAUUGAUUUACAAAGACAAAAACGGAAUUCAAAGUGUUCCCUAAAAAUGAAGCAAUGACUUCAAUUCAACUGCAGAUCAAAUUGUUCUUAAUAUGUUUCGUGAAUUUAAUGGAUGCCAAUUAUUUGGGAGGGACAGUAAGCUGGAUGCACUUUAGAUCUUUGGGAGGCGUAAGAUUUACAUACCGUCUUACCUGGGUGAAGGGAACUGGGCCGUGUGGACAGGGGUGCUCACAGAAUAACCUUUAUACACAAGGGAAUUUACCGUCAUACUUGGUUGGACUCAGCUGGGUUUGCAUAAGCGGUUGUGCAAAUGGAUCUGUAAUCUUGCAUGACGUAAAUUAUAUUGUGACGUCAGUCAGCACUAAUUCUUCCGGUUGGGAGCAGGGAGAAGGAUUCUUUUUCUACAACUUUGUCGGUUCUGGGCCCUUCACAGUUACGUUGGAAGGUGUACCAUGGCAAGGGACACCUGGUACAAGUCGGCUAGUGACAGUGGUAGAUUUGGGGAUUCGUAACGAUACAGCCACCAACCAAACCAAAGCAUUACCGAAUGCAAGUCCCAUCGCCGCUCUUCAACCGUAUGUAGGUGUUCAGUAUUCAUGUACGACGAAAGUUUUCAUUCCGGUAUCCGAUCCCGAUGCUGAUACAAUCAAAUGUCGCCUUGCAAAGGCAACAGAAUGUGGAGAUGUUUGCACAAACCUGCCAUCUUUAGGAUUCACUUUGGACGAAGUUGAAUGUACUGUGGUGGUUUCUGCUACUAGACUGCAUGGUUACAGACCUGACAAGGACUAUCAGAUUACCCUAAUGGUCGAAGACUUUCCAGAUUACACCAUUAAGGUUGGAUCAGAAGUCAGAUCCAUUCAUAAACCUAUCAGCAAAAUUCCACUACAGCUUACGGUGAGGGUGAUCUACGAUCCGAGGCCGUGUGGUUACAAUCAGCUUUUGGAGAAGUUUGUCGAACCCACUAGAGAAGAUAAGGUCAGAAUUUCGUAUGGAGGGCCUGCAUUUGGACUGUAUCAAAAUGGUGUUUAUCUUCAUACUGCGGAUAUAACAAAUACAGAGUUCAUGGUCAGUGUUCCCGCCAGGAUGGAGUACGAUUUGCUCAAUGACGAUUAUUUGCAACGCUCUGACGUCACAAGAUUAUAUUUCAAUAUGACACCCUGGUUCAACCAAUCGGGAGAUACUAUGUCCUGUGUCUGGGGAAGACAACAUAAUGGAUUGACAACCACAGACAAACGCUGUGUGACUUCUAUAAUGUACGAUUUAAACAAUUGCCGAGGACAUAACCCCUGCUUUCAUGGAGGGAUUUGCUUUAAUCUGUACGGCCGCUGGACAUGCAAAUGUCCUCACGGAUUUAAACCAAGAGACUGCUUGCAACGUGUGACGUGUGCCGACUUCCCAUGCAAAAACAAUGGGCGUUGUAAAGACACGGGGCAAGAAUACAUCUGUCAGUGUGACAUUGAAUAUAAAGGUCUUGACUGUGAAGAAAAAUACAAUAUUUUUGAAUCAUUGGACGGAAAGAUUAUAGAAGUUAAUUUUACCCACCGGAUGCUGUGGCCAUUCGUUAUUUGUGUGUUUGUUGGAAUUGUUAUGUUGGGACUUGUCUCAUUCUGUUGCUGUUGCUGUAUGUCUGGAAAAUCUAUCAAUCAAUCAAACGGCGUAGAAGGACAGUUAACCAAUGGGGAGCCUUCACCCGAUCACAUGGGUACUACGUGGACAAAGAGACUACGCCCACCGCCAUUGAGACGGAGCAGAAGCAUUAUGUCCUUGGACAAAUGACUAUUCAUUAAAAUUGCCAAUUUAUAAAGUCCAGUGUAAAAAGUUGUAACCCCCCCCCCCAAAUAUAUAAUAAUAAUAAUAAUAAUAAUAAUGAUCAAUUAAAAACUAAAAAAAACCCCAAUGAAAAUAGAUACACAACAAUAUUAAAUUCAACAUUCACUAAUAUCUAUAAAUACAGGUAACUUUUGCAUUUGCACCUGAUGGAUUGAAUAAAAUUGAAAUGAAAA